GAAAAUACGACAAAAGAAGUGGAUAACAACAACAAACGCCAACGAGGAUUCUUUCACCGCUGUCUAGAAGACGACACGGAUGCCAUUAAUAUCAUUGCAGCAUCGGCGUCCUUAUCAGAAUAUCCGAUCGCUAGUAGCAGACCAGAGAUCCUCCGCACCUCUUCCAGAACAGCCGUAACUUAUAUCGAACAGUUGGUGUUCACAUUGCCGAAAUCUAUCUCUGGUCGUUGAAAAUGAGUUCCAGGGACGAGAAUGAGGAUCUGCGGAAGCCGUUCCUCCACACCGGGAGCUGGUACCGGAUGAGUUCUCGACAGUCCAGCAGCACAAUGGGAUCGCAGGUUCUUCGUGAUGGCUCCAUAUCUGUCGUUCUCUGUGUACUCAUCGUUGCCUUGGGUCCCAUCCAAUUCGGCUUCACUUGCGGAUAUUCCUCCCCUACUCAAUCUGGAAUCAUCAACGACCUCAACCUAUCAAUUUCAGAGUUCUCUUUGUUUGGUUCAUUGUCGAAUGUGGGCGCUAUGGUUGGGGCAAUUGCUAGUGGUCAGAUUGCGGAGUAUGUUGGCCGGAAAGGGUCACUAAUGAUUGCUGCAAUUCCCAAUAUAAUUGGAUGGCUCGCUAUAUCUUUUGCACAAGACUCCUCAUUUUUAUUUAUGGGAAGGUUGUUGGAAGGGUUCGGCGUGGGUAUAAUUUCUUACGUGGUGCCUGUAUAUAUUGCCGAGAUAGCUCCUCAAAACAUGAGAGGAGCCCUUGGAUCAGUGAACCAGCUCUCUGUUACGAUUGGAAUAAUGUUAUCUUAUCUGCUGGGACUCUUUGUCAAUUGGAGAGUGCUUGCAGUUUUGGGAAUUUUACCAUGCACAAUAUUGAUCCCUGGCUUGUUUUUCAUACCAGAAUCUCCUCGAUGGCUGGCCAAAAUGGGGUUGACUGAAGAUUUUGAAACGUCUUUGCAAGUUUUGCGUGGUUUUGAUACAGACAUUUCUGUUGAAGUGAAUGAAAUCAAGAGAUCUGUAGCAUCAUCGGGCAGAAAGACAACAAUCCGUUUUGCAGAUCUCAAGAGAAAAAGAUAUUGGUAUCCUUUGAUGGUAGGAAUUGGAUUACUAAUGCUCCAGCAAUUCAGUGGGAUCAAUGGUGUUCUAUUCUACUCCAGUAAUAUCUUCGCAAGUGCUGGGAUAAAAUCUAGUGAUGCUGCCACAUUUGGACUGGGGGCAAUUCAGGUCAUUGCCACCGGGGUCACUACGUGGUUGGUGGACAAGGCUGGUCGCAGGCUGCUUCUUAUAAUAUCAUCAACUGGAAUGACUAUUAGCCUGCUCCUGGUUGCAGUUGCAUUUUAUUUGAAGGGCAAUCUACCUGAGGAUUCCCAUUUAUAUAGCAUCAUGGGAACACUGUCACUUGUGGGCGUUGUGGCUAUGGUGAUUACAUUCUCACUGGGACUUGGAGCUCUUCCUUGGCUAAUAAUGUCUGAGAUACUUCCAGUAAAUAUUAAGGGUCUAGCUGGAAGCGUAGCAACAUUGACAAAUUGGUUGUCAUCCUGGGUAGUCACCAUGACCGCAAACUUACUUUUGACUUGGAGUAGCGGAGGGACCUUCACUAUAUACGCUGCAGUCGCCGCAUUUACUGUUAUUUUUGUGACUCUUUGGGUUCCCGAAACGAAAGGAAGAACUCUUGAAGAAAUCCAGUUGUCGUUCAGAUGAAGGUUUUGCCAAGGCACGUAUGAAUCCUCCGAUGGGUUUUUGAGUAUAUAUCAAUUUGCUUGCAUAACUCUUCACUUGCCGUGCGUUGAUGUUUUACGAUCAUUGUAUUUGUGCCUCAUGUUGUGGGUCUUGCCAUCAUAAUUGCUUUGUUAUUGUUUAAAAAAGAAAAGAAAAGAAAGAGGGAUACUGAAAUUCGUUUACCGAUGUCAUUUUUUUGGCCAAAGAAAUAAGAGAUGCUUUUCAAGUCA